UUAAAUGAAGUUAACAAAACAUGCCGUUUAUCGACAGAAACAAGACAUAAUCCGCUUUGAGUGAGGACAGACACAGAAAGACACUCUUAAUCACUAUACACACAUGGCGAACAGAUUUUGCAAGCCUACUGCACGAUCAUUUUCUAAAAUUGUCUGAAGUUUUAGACAUUAAAACUACGGUGUUAUCUGUAUUUUAAGGCGUUACAGUGUAUCUCUGUGUUUUUAUUUUUAAUUUUUAUUAUUAAUUUAUUUUACUGUAGUUGAAAAGUUUGCGUCACGGAAUAACAACAACGAGUCAUUUGACAUCCUUCCUCGUUCCGCGUAUGCAAAUCAUCUAUCGCUUCAUAUUUUCAGAUGACCUAGUGUGACUGGACUCACUCAUUCAGCCAUGAGACUGACCAGCACUGCUCUGCUCUUCCUCCUCAUCAUCAGCUGUAAUGCACUGGCUCUCAAACCGCAGCUCUUAGGCAGACACAGCGUCCAAACCUACUCUCAUCACAGAUCUGUCUCAUACAAAACUUUCUAUUUUGAUCAACAGAUUGACCAUUUUGGCUUUUUGGAGAAUGGCACGUUCAAGCAGAGGUACCUUCUCAACGACCAGCACUGGCACAAUGAAGGAGGCCCAAUCCUGUUUUACACGGGCAAUGAAGGAGACAUCACAUGGUUCUGCAACAACACUGGUUUCAUGUGGGAUGUAGCAGAAGAGCUGGGAGCCAUGCUGGUUUUUGCUGAACAUCGCUACUAUGGAGAGUCCAUGCCGUUCGGCAAGGAGUCUUACAGCAAUGCAAAGUAUCUGAACUACCUGACCUCAGAACAGGCUUUAGCUGACUUUGCAGUGCUGAUCAAAGCUCUGAAAAAAAACGUGCCUGGAGCUCAGAAGAGUUCAGUCAUCGCCAUCGGCGGCUCCUAUGGCGGGAUGCUGGCGGCCUGGCUGAGGAUGAAGUAUCCCAGUGCUGUUGUAGGCGCUCUUGCCGCGUCCGCUCCCAUCUGGCAGUUCAUUGUGCCAUGUGGAGAGUUUUACAAAGUGGUCACCCAGGACUUCACCAUCAGUGGUACCAACUGCAGCAGCAACAUCAGGAAGUCAUGGGCCGCUAUUGACAGGGUCUCAGAAACAGGUGAGGGUCUGCAGUGGCUCUCUCAGGAGUUUGGACUGUGUAGUCCUUUAAAGUCUUCAGAUGAAGUGUAUGGCUUCAAGGCUUGGCUGCAGGAAACCUGGGUGAACUUAGCCAUGGUGGAUUAUCCAUAUGAGGCCAACUUCCUCCAGCCACUCCCAGCCUGGCCUGUUAAGGCGGUCUGUGCGAAUCUUAAGUUUGAUACUGGCGUAUCAGACAAGGAGCUUUUGAAUGGCAUCUCUAAAGCUGUGAGAGUAUACUACAAUUACACAGGAGAUGCAGUCUGUCUCAAUACCUCACAAACCGCUACUGGGAAUCUGGGCUUCAUGGGUUGGUACUACCAGAGCUGUACAGAGAUGGUGAUGCCAAUGUGUACAGACGGCAUCGCUGACAUGUUUGAGCCACAGCCAUGGAACUUCCAGGCCUUCUCCGACGAUUGCUACAACCUUUUUGGAGUACGGCCACGAGAAGACUGGGCAGAAAUUGUAUAUGGUGGGAGAAACAUCAGUGCUCACAGCAACAUCAUCUUCAGUAAUGGAAAUCUUGAUCCGUGGAUGAGCGGUGGAGUGACCAAGAGUCUUUCAAAAUCUCUGAUCGCCAUUAUGAUCAAUGGAGGUGCUCACCAUCUCGAUCUGCGCUACAAUAACGAGUAUGACCCAGAGUCUGUUAUCACAACACGGGCACUGGAAGUACACUACUUCGUGAAGUGGAUCAAACAGGCAGCAUUUAAUUGAAAAUGACAAGAGGACUUAAGACCGACGAAAUGAACCAUUUCUGCUUGCUGUGUGCCAAAGUUAGUGGUUUCUUCCUUGGUACUUAAAAUGUUUUAUUGGAUGGGAAGUUCUUUUUGAAAUCCUGGUUGAUCAUCAUGUUCUUUGAAUUUUUGUGAUUGUGUGUGUGCAAACCAAGAAUUUUGCCAUUAGUUUUACAUUUGUUGCUGUUCAUAACUAAAUUUUUGGACAAAAUGGAAGAAUGUAAAGUUUCAGAAAAUACCAAAUGCAAAACCACUCAGGGUGUCCUUUGCCAAAGUCUCAAUGUUGAAUUGUAGCAAUAAUAAUCCUAUGCAUAUUCGCCAUCAGCUAGGGUUUUUAACUGAAGUAUGCUACAUUUUAAAGGAAUAGUUCACCAGAAAUGAAAAUUCUCUCAUUUAUUCAUCCUCAUGUUGUUUUGAACUCAUAUGAAAUUCUUUCUUCCAUGGAUCUCAGAGUAAAAUUUUCUCUAGGAAAAAAAGGACACCAUAAAAAUAUUCAAUAUGACUCUUGUACUAUAUUUGUGUUUCUGCAUUUUCCAAAUGGCAUGCUGUGAUUGGUUAUGAGAUAUGCAAGAACCAAACUUGAAAUUUAAGUGAAAACCAAUAUACAUUUUGAUCGAAUUUGCAUUUUUAGGGGGUAAACUAUUCCUUUUAUUCAAUUGCAACAUGUUUUAGGGAUAAUUUCUACUAUUCAGAAAUUGGAUAGUCACUGAAAUUGGCUGGACCUAAUAUCAGUGAUCAGUGUUAUUUUCAUUGUACGUACAAAAUCACAAGUCUUCUGUUUUCUGAACAAACUGUUUACACUCCUGAUUGUACUAAUGUUACUGUCUUAAUCUUGCACUGUUUUAUAGGAAAUGAUGCGUUAACAUGAUCCUCAGAAUAAAUGCAUAUGAACGGA